AUACCAUUAUUCAUUAUCAAAAGUUUUGGAACCGAUUCGCUUUUCGACCCCCUUCCUUUACCCCUAUUCAAGAACUAUUGACGUUAGUUACCCGUAGCAACUGUACUCGGCCCAUUGCACAGAUACCGUACCGCAAUGCAUGCCCCAUGCACGGUGGGACACCCCAAGCUCAGCCUUCGACUCCCGGGAGCUCCCAGGCGCACGUACUCUCACGAUAUGGCAUAUGGACGUACCGGGCCGCGUACCGUAUACGUCGAUCAUCAGUAAAUUUACAUAGCGUUGGCGAGACCGACCAUCUUUAGUUUGCAUUUGUGGAAGAGUAAAUUUAUCUGUGCCCGUGUAACAAUUUCAAGAGGUUAGAAGUGUAAAAGUGAGUUGAGCAGACGUUUACUGUGAACCCAGAGAUCGUGCCUAGAAGAGGCCAACAUUACUUUGCAGAUGAAAUUGAAUUUAAUUCCGUGGAAGUUCGGUUGAGUCCAAGGCAAGGACACGGCUCCCGCUUCUGAUCUUCAAUCAAGUCCAACGCUGAUACGGUAUCGUACUUCUGAGCUGCGCAAUAACAUCAGCAGAAUCAUUGACAUCACUGCAACUUGCAAGAGCAACUUAUUUCAAGACAAUAGUCUUCAUUCGUUUAUGUCAUCCUAAUCUUUAUUGAAUGGAAAAUAGAAAGAAUUCAACAAUGUAAUUUUUUCGCCUAGCAGUUCAGAAUUUUAUGGAAUAGUCUAUAAAACUUUAGUUAAUUAACUUAAAGGGCACUUCAGAGUUCAGUCAAGACUUUAAAUUUAAUAGAAUCUUUCUGGAAGUUUUGACUUGGCAGUCUUCACUUUAUCAUGUAACAUAGUCAAGGAAUCUUCAUGUUUGCUGGAUUGUUCAUCUGAGAAAAUUUUUGAAGGCAAAGCAAUGUUCAUUUUGUCAAAAUGAAAGGUUACAAGAAAAGGAAAUACAGAGCGAUUAUACAAAACAAAAGAACUUUAUUCUCAAACUCUGCAACAACGCAGCGGUAGGGUAGCGUAAGUCGUUCCCCGGAAGCGCCACCCCCUCCCCCGAUGAAGGGCCCUGCCCUUGCGAUGGAGAAAUACGAAAGCUUUGGCCUGGUUGGGGAGGGAAGCUACGGUCAGGUGCUGAAAUGCCGGCACAAGGAAACCAACCAGGUGGUCGCCAUCAAGAAGUUUCUUGAGGGCGAGGAUGACAAGAUGGUGAAGAAGAUUGCCAUGAGAGAAGUUCGCAUGUUGAAGCAACUCCGACACGAAAACCUGGUGAACUUAAUAGAGGUGUUUCGCCGGAAGAAGCGUCUUUACCUUGUGUUUGAGUUCAUGGACCACACGGUCCUCGAUGAGCUGGAGAAAUACCCCAUGGGGUUAGACGAGAACCUGGUCCGAAAAUACAUGUGGCAGAUACUCAAAGGAAUCGAAUUCUGUCAUGUCAACAAUAUUAUUCAUAGAGACAUUAAGCCAGAGAACAUUCUGGUUUCCAAAUCCAAGGUGGUCAAACUCUGCGAUUUUGGCUUUGCCCGGACAAUCGCAGGCCCGGGUGAAAUCUACACAGAUUACGUCGCAACGAGAUGGUACCGAGCGCCCGAGUUACUUGUAGGAGAUACCAAAUAUGGAAAAGCAAUAGAUCUAUGGGCUGUGGGUUGCUUACAGGCUGAGAUGUUGACUGGUGAACCCCUCUUUCCCGGUGAUAGUGACAUUGAUCAACUCUAUCACAUCAUCAGGUGCUUUGGUACCCUGAUCCAAAGACACAAGGAAAUCUUCCUCAAGAAUCCUCUCUUUGUUGGUAUGAGGUUACCAGAGGUCAAGAACGUUGAACCACUGGAGAAGAGGUUUCCUACACUCUCUGGGCUCUCCAUCUCAAUGAUGAAGAGCUGUCUUCACUUAGACCCUGACCAAAGACCCACCUGUACCCAGUUCUUGAAGCACGAGUUCUUCAAGAAAGAUGGCUUUUGUGACACCUUCCCCAGCGAGCUCAGCAUCAAGGUUCAGAAGGAAUUCGAAGGGAAUCCCCUCCUCAAGUCAUUGCUGGGUGAUGAGAAGGGAGAUGAGGAGAAGAGAUCUAAGCAUCGGAGUAAGAAGCAAUCAAGUAGUGAAAAGAUGGAGAGAGAAAGAGAGAAGGAAAAGUCAAGAAAACGUCACUCAGAGACCGAUAAGGUCAAGAGGUCAUCAACACCGACACGGGAUGGGCAUCAUGAGAGCAGCCCAAAGUAUGAUGCAAAGAAGAGCAACCCAUCCUCAAUGGCUGAUAUGCAGAAGAGGUCCAUUGCCACCACUUCAUCCAACAGCACCGCCCCUUCCAUCCAACACAUCAGCUCCUCCAGCAAGCUACCCCAGCACAUAGGGGGUCAUAACGGUCCCACCAACCACACCUCACACCAGUCAGGUCAGGGUUCAAGCCCCACCCAGACCACCAUCAAUCUCACCAUGGGCAAUAUCACCUCCAACAAGUCCAACUACUCCUCUACCGGUAUGGCAGGUCCUCCCCCUUUAAGAGCUAAUGACAAGAUGACAAAGAAGUCAACCAACUCUUACUACAAGAAGGUUGGUGGAUCGGGCAGCGAGAAGACAAUGAUCCAUGAGAAAACACUCCAGUUUGAUGCCAUGAUGUCCAGCCAACGCAAAUCCAAAAAGGACGUCUCCAACACGUCGCCACGGGAGAGCGAUAGAGAAGUCACACACUUGCCAAACCUAACUGGGAAAGAUGCCAAGACAUCAGAGCGCCAGGACAAGAAGGUGAAAUCAAAGAAGAGUCACCAUACCACUAUGCCUCAGAUUGCCAACCAAUCCGAACAUGGAGGUCAUGGGUUCAACGCCAAUGCCUCCUACUCGUCAACAGAUCACAAUCUACCUGCAGUAUAGCAAAGCGUGGUGUUAAGCCAUUUAGACAGUUCAGAGAAGUGUGCCUUUGAUGGAUAUCACUUCUUGCUGCAAAGACUUCUGGAACAGCCUUAACCUGUUGACUACUUGGUUCUGCUUUUGCCAUAGGCUUUGUACAGGGACUAUUCAAUUCCAGUAGGCAGUGGGUUAAAACAGUAUUCAAGCAGGAAGAUGUGAAGUAAGAUUUUUUUUAAGGGUAAUCUUGAGGCAGAGAUGCUUGAUCUGGUAAAAACUCAUAAGCACCAAGUGCUCGUAAUACCUGAAGAAAAAAAUGUUACCUAGAAUGUCUGGCAAUGGAUGUGGACGCUGCUAUCAAACAGGAUGAAAAUUUCCAAGAAAUGGGCUUCGUCACUCAGAUGAACAGAUUCCUGGCUUAUGUAUGACACUGCUGUCAUACCUAGCAGUGUCCAAAGAGUUUAGAUUAUAUUUAUAACUAAAUACUGUAAACCAAAAGAUAUUUUAAUCAUAUGAAAAUGUCCUACAUGCAGUGACCUGUAACAUGGCUUAUAAUGUCAGUGCGCUUCUUCCACUUAUGGAAAAAAAAGUAUUCAACGGCGAGUUUUUGACACGGGUCAACCAACUUAAAUCUUCCAAUGAAUUCAGGCUACCAUUAGAUUGAAUCGCAGCAUCAGCCAGUUAAUACCACGAGACAUGGAUGAAACUUCUUUCCCGUUGUGUUCUUCAGUCUUCACCAAGGAAGCAAUCCUUGAUACAUUGUCCUGACGUUCAUUUUGCUGUUCAUCCAUCCUUGAUCAUGACUGAAAGGCUCUUCUGAUGCUUCGCAAAACAGAUGUUCCAAACUUUGUAUUCUGCAGAGAAGUUAAUGCUGUAUUGCUCUUGAUUUUUUUCUUGGAUCGUAGUCACAAAAUAGCAAUUCUUUACAAGCAGAGACGUCUAUAACGAACUGUCAAUUGAUGCAGUCGGUCAGUUGCCUGCGAGUUGGAAAAAGCUUUAAGAUGAUUCUGUUGAUAAAUCAAGUCAAGAGCUGCUGUGAUUUGAUUUGAUUAUGAUGAGGUUGAGAUUAGCCUCUGCAGAAAAAAAGAAGAUAAUGUUAUACAAGUCUUGUCUUUUGCAAAUAUGGAACACAUAGGGAGCCAACCAAAGAAUCAAAAGAGAUGAGAACUGCAUCAAUUUUCUCAUGAAUGUCACAUGUCAUAUCAUGUGACCUAUCACAUGAUCAGAUGACCUCCAAGCUGAUUCGCAUUUAAAUUCAUACAAGCAAUCAAAGAGUGCAGCUUCGUGAACAUCAAUUACAGUGAAUGUCAAUAAGCAAUGAGAUAUUUUGCAACUUGCAUCAUUUAUCACUGUAAUGUACUUUAAACUAUAAGGAAUAUGCAAUAAUAUUUUCUUGAAGUGCUUGUUGUAUAAAAGAAAUAUGUGCUAAAAUUUGUUCUAUAAAUCAUCAUCACCCUUUCCUAAGAAUCCACUUAGAUAUUGGAAGUUAUUUGUGAAGUUGAAUUCACUGUACAGCAUUACCUUUUUUCUCUAUCUGAAAUUUAAUUUUGUAAAUAAAAGUUUAGUAUUAUUGACAGAUUUCAUUUCAAUGGAAAUCUUUUAUCACUUUUAGUGCUGAAUGAAGGUGUUACUGCAUAAAGAAACAUAGAAUAUUGAUUUUUUUCUGACUCAAUUAUUACGUUUAAUCAUUAUAAUUCUCUGUAAAUUGCUUCAGUAUCCUUUAGUACUAACUUUUGAUAUUUCCAAGAUUAAUCUUGAAUAUUUAGUUUAUCACAAGAGGUGUGAAGUUUGAAAUGAGCACGAUGUCUCAGUCUUUUCUAUUAAACAUUUUUUUAAAUCCAUAACACUUGAAUCGAAAAUCCUUCAACAAAAAACAAAACCAAUUUAUUUGAGUAAUCUCAAAGCAUCAGAAUUAGUGCGGGACGAUAUUUAGAUAUUUGAAUUGUGCGAUAUUGAAAAAAUGUUGAAUAUUCGUUGGGUUAAAGCCGGGGGUAAUAAUAAUAGCAGGGCCUACUGGUAGAACAGUUUUCGAAACUGAAGUGGCUACCCUGGGUAAAUAUACCUAUAUUAUUAUUAUGUCGAUAGAUCUUGAUAACACAAUAUGCCCAAAAUAUUAUGAUUAUUAAAACUUAAUCACUACUUAUUGACCAAAAAACUGCUCUGUAUUGCUUUAAACCAACUCAAAAUUUUGCAAGUUGGUUCCCAAAUAUCCACUUUUCACAAGCGCCGAUGAAAGUUUUACCUUCACUUGCCCCCUUCCCCGCUCUCACAAUUUACAGCUUGUAAUGAACGUAUAUAAUUCAUUUUCAGACUUGGUGAUGUAUUGUGUUAUUGGCAAUAAUCGACUGACAUAGAAAUCAAAUAUCGACCAGCACUAAUCAGGGCCUGGUUGCAUAAAAGUUACUUUUAUGGUAACUCUGCCAUCCAAUGGUAACUACCGUGGUAACGCUGAUCAACAGCCAAUCAAAAUCAAGGAUUCCAUGCAAGUUACCAUUGCAUCGCAAAUAUGCAACAGGGCCCAGAAUUGUUCAAUUUAUUUUUCAGUCCACCCACCGAAUACGCAAUUUGUAAUGUUGACAAAAAAAAUUGUUUUUAGACUAUAUGUAGCUUUUUUAUGUCACACUUGAGUACUACAUUUCCCUAUUCAUAAUGACAUUUAAAAUGUCUGUAACUUGUUUAUUUUUCCCUAGGCAUUUGAUGUUCUUAAUAAUUUUUUCAGCAAAGAAUAAGUAUUAGUCAAAAUUUGGUCACAGAAUGUUGUAACUUGUAACUAAUGUAAUUAGUCCUACUCUUAAUUGAUAACAUAAUAGGUAAUAUGAAAGAGUUCUUUCUGUAUUUCAUGACUGGUUUUGUACAUAGCAACAGUCAAGACUUUUUAAAAGCUUGCGCUUGGGUGUGUGUAUAUAUAUAUAUCUAUGUUUUUCCAGUUAUUAAAUGAAAUUCUCUGAAAUGUUUUUUUUAUGGCUCUGUGCUAAAGACACCUCAUUUGAUACAUUGCUGUGUGCUUUUAAUCAGAGAUAUAUCACACUUUAAUAGUCAUUUGCUUUUGAAUGUUGUGCUUCAUAAGGUCAGAUAUUUUCACAGGUCAGGGUCAAGGGUCACAAAGGGCAUGUCAAAGGUCAAUCUAUAGUACAUUGAUGCAAUUUGAGGCAGUGUAUGGUUAUGGUUUAUCAACAGAAUUAGAUUUUUUUUCUAUGGAACUUUCCUGGUUUUAGCCAACAUUUGAUUUAAGUAGCUCUGCCCUGUAUGAUAUUUUUACCAACAAUUUCCAUGCUUAGUGCUUAUUUACUCUGGUGAAGUGUUGUGGUCUCGUGGUUUUGACUGGCCUUUCAAUCAGAGAGUCAUGGGUCCAAAACCCAUCCUGGUGAUUGGAGUGAUAGAAACAAUGUUUCAAGGCAGACUUCUUGUCUGUAACACACUAGAACCUGAAUUGUUUAACAUAUUGUGAUGGGCAAUAUAUCAUGUACCCAUUAUCUAUUCAUGGAAGUAUCAAAAUAAUAUUUCAUCAUUGAUGUCACAUCAUAUAGUCCUAGUAUGGUAUACUCAGGAAGAAUAUGGAUAACAUUUAUGAGCUGAAUGGAUUAACUAAUUGAUUUCUGACCGGCCUU